GAGCGGAGCCGGUGCGGGGGCGCGCACGCACGCACACGCGCGGGACGGGAGGAGGCGAAGGCGGACGCUGUGGAAGCUCGCCUCGGGGCCGCGCUUUAACGACUCCCAGGGUGCCCGGCGGCGCGCGUCUGCGCGCGCGUGUGUCGGGCGCGCGCUCUCCGCCCUCUCUUUCUCGGUGAGAGUCAUGGCGGAAGGCGGCGUCCCGGAUCUGGAGAGCCAGAAGAAUGAGAUCGGCAACUUGCUGCAGACGGCGCUGGUGAAGGGGGAUUCGUGGUAUCUAAUAGACAGUAGGUGGUUUAAGCAAUGGAAGAAAUAUGUGGGUUUCGACAACUGGGACAUGUACAACGUAGGAGAACGUGGAAUGUUUCCAGGCCCAAUUGAUAAUUCUGGGCUUUUUGCAGAAGUAGAAUCUCAAGUCCUGAAGGAACAUUUGAUUGAUGAGCUAGAUUAUGUCUUGGUUCCCACUGAAGCUUGGAACAAGUUGGUUGAUUGGUAUGCUUGCAUUGAGGGUCAGGAACCCAUUGUACGAAAGGUAGUUGAACAUGGAAUGUUUGUGAAGCAUUGUAAAGUGGAGGUUUACCUCCUGGAAUUGAAAUUAUGUGAAAACAGCAACAUGGACAAUGUGGUGACACGUCACUUCAGCAAAGCAGAUACCAUAGAUACAAUAGAAAAGGAGAUGCGAAAGUUGUUCAGUAUCCCAGUUGAGAAGGAGACAAGGUUGUGGAAUAGAUACAUGACAAAUACUUAUGAGCCACUUAACAAGCCAGAUAACACUGUACAAGAUGCUGGUCUGUAUCAGGGGCAGCUUCUAGUAAUAGAACUGAAGAAUGAAGAUGGAACAUGGCCAAGACAAACUUCUCAAACAAAAUCCAGCACUGCCACCAGCAGAAAUUUAUCUACCUCUCCAAAAUCCUCGACUAGCAGCAAUUCCUACUCGUCCUUGUCCUCCCCUUCUACAGUCUCUAAUGGUGACAGCAACAACUCCAGCAACUCAAGCUACAUAUUAAACAGCUCCAGCUCCACCAGGGGAUCAAGUGGAUAUGCGUCGUACAAUAGUUCUUAUAAUUACAGGGAAUCUCAUUCACCGAGUCAAGCAGGCCUUUGUGGACUUAGUAACCUUGGUAAUACGUGCUUCAUGAACUCAGCAUUGCAGUGUUUGAGUAACACUGGUCCAUUGACGGAUUACUUUCUACAAGGCAAGUAUGAAGAAGAGCUAAACCGGGAGAACCCUUUGGGGAUGAGAGGAGAAAUUGCUGAAGCAUAUGCUGAGCUCAUCAAACAGAUGUGGUCAGGGAGAAAUGUCUAUGUGGCGCCACGAAUGUUCAAAACGCAGGUUGGAUGUUUUGCUCCCCAGUUUUCAGGAUACCAGCAACAGGAUUCUCAAGAGUUGCUUGCAUUUCUUUUAGAUGGUUUACAUGAAGAUUUAAAUCGUGUGAAGAAAAAACCCUACUUAGAACUUAAAGAUGACAAUGGCAGGGAAGAUGAUGUAGUCGCCAAAGAAGCAUGGGAAAACCACAGGUUAAGGAACAACUCCAUCAUUGUGGAUAUCUUCCAUGGGCUAUUUAAAUCAACUCUAGUUUGCCCACACUGUUUAAAAGUUUCUGUGACCUUUGAUCCAUUCUGCUACUUAACGCUCCCAUUACCCAUGAAGAAGGACCGCACCAUGGAAAUUUUCCUUGUGCGGGCAGAUCCAGAGUCAAAGCCAACCCAGUAUAGGGUAAUCGUCCCAAAGAUGGGUUCAAUUUCAGAUAUAUGUACAGCCCUUUCUCAAAUCUCAGGAGUUGCUGCGGAAAAGAUGAUAGUCACCGAUGUUUACAAUCAUCGGUUCCACAAAACCUACCGACAAGAUGAAGCCUUGAAUCAUAUAAUGGACAGGGACGAUAUUUUUGUUUAUGAAGUUUCUGGUGUUGGAGAAGAUGAAAGUUCAAAAUGCAUCAACCUUCCAAUUUAUUUCCGUGAGAAAAGAUUGCGAUCCGCAAAUACGUCUGCAGGCACUAUUUUGUUUGGUCAGCCUUUGUUGAUCUCAGUUCCCAAGGAUAAUCUUACUCUGGAUAACUUGUAUGACCUGAUCCUUGCACGAAUUUCUCGUUAUGUGAAACAAACACACAAGGAAAUAAUUGAAAGCAAUAACAGUGGAAGCCAGAGCACAGACAAUGGCUUGUCCAGUGAGCCAAAUGGUCUUGGUGAUGAAGAUGAGGAGGAGAUGGAUCUUCAAAAUGUAAUGGGAGAUAAUGAGGAACCUGGCUCUGAACCAGAGAACAGCCAGUCUGAUGGCUCUGCAGCUGAUGAGAAUGAUAAGAGGGAAAAUGGGCCCACUAAGCACACCACCAAAGAAAGUACACAGAACUAUAGAAGGAAACUAUUCACCUUCAAUUUGGUGAAUGCGUAUGGUACCUCAGAUUUCAGCUCUAUUACAGAAGAUGGAUCGUUUCUCAAGUUAAGCUCACAUUCCACAAUUGCUCUAGACUGGGAUCCUGAAAUCAAAAAGAUGUACUAUGAUGAUCAAGAAGCUGAGGCAUACGACAAGCAUGAAAGUAUGUCACAGCCUCAGAAGAAGAGAAGCUCAGUUGCACUGAAAGAUUGUAUAGACUUGUUUAUUACAAUGGAAGUAUUGGGAGAGCAUGAUCUUUGGUACUGUCCAAAAUGUAAAAAGCACCAGCAGGCCACUAAGAAGAUUGACCUGUGGUCACUACCAAAGAUCCUUGUGGUACAUCUGAAACGUUUCUCUUAUAAUAGAUAUUGGAGGGAUAAACUUGACACUUUAGUAGAGUUUCCUAUAAGGGACUUGAACAUGUCAGAGUUUGUCUACAACCCCAAAGCAGGUCUUUGCAUGUAUGAUCUUGUUGCGGUAUCAAACCACUAUGGUGGAAUGGGCGGAGGCCACUAUACUGCAUAUGCUAAAAAUAAAAUUGAUGGGCAGUGGUAUUACUUUGAUGACAGCAGUGUCUCAGGAGCAUCAGAAGAUCAGAUUGUAACAAAAGCAGCCUAUGUUCUUUUCUACCAACGCAGAGAUUCUUACAGCCAUUAUGACAGCCCAUCUGCUUCCCUGAGUACUCCUACUGAAGAGAAUGGUGAGAAUAGAAAAAAUGAUGAGGACAAAAUGGACACCAACUGAGCUAGAAGUACAUAUAAACUGUUUCUGGACAGUGCUGCUCUGUAUCAUCAGCACCAGCUGCCUUCGAGGGAGUAGGAGGGGGAAAAGAACCCUCUUGAUAGCAUCAACUUUUUAGAAGCAAAAUGUGGAUGACUAGAUUGAACAGAAAUGUCAUUUGGUUAACCUUUGUUCAGUGGUGCUCUGGCUCAGAAUCUACUGAUGAUUUCUGAUGAAUAAGAAACGAAUGUCACUGUACUGUAAAAUAAACAGCUUUGGAAAUUUUUAAGUGAAGUUCUUCCUCCGCUAUUUGACAUCAGGGUUUUUGGUUUGGUUUAUUUUUGGAAAAGGUUGCAGUUUUCCCCCAGUUCUUUCUCAAAUUAAUUUGGAUUUUUUAAGUUAUGUCACAAACCACUUGUAUUGUUUCCUUAUUGUUUUAAUGGUAUUUCUCUGCAUGAAUGACACCUCGCAUCUUAUCCUAGAAAUCUUGCAUUAUAAAUUUGUAGCAAAGCACUGGUUUAUUUGUGGUUUGACUAUUGUGACUGGGAUACUAAAAUUUGUAAUAUUAUAUUGUAAUAUAGGUGGCAGAGGAACAAAGGUUUCCAGCCCCAGGUAAGAUACUGAUCCAAACCAGCAUAAGUUUGCUGUGUAUGUAUUGUAAUGUAAAUUUUACAUCAGUUUCUUCUAGUCUUUUUGCCCAAACUGGCACUUUGUAAGUGGCUGGUUUUAAUACAUACGUCUACUUAAAUAAAGACAAUGAUUGGA